AUGCCAGAGAGCCGCCACGGGUCGACGGUCACGACGAGCGCGAGCUUGGGCAGCCGCGAUGGCACGACGCCCGGGUCGUUGCACCUCCCAGAGCCCACGCAACGUAGGACGUUUGCCCCCGACGACGGAGACACCAGCACUCAUCGCGACUCAUCCCCCCAUGGCUUCCGCCAGAAUCCUCUCGUGGACAAUGGCGAGACGUUUGCGCGCGACUCCAAUGGCAAAUAUUGGUACAUGGGACCCACCUCCUCCUGGGCGUUCUGCCGUCGUGUCCUGGCCAUCAUCGGUGCUGGCAAGGGCUCUGGCAUGGAGAUGCCCCCGGCGCGAAGCCCGGUCAACCCGUGGGACCUCGAGACGCUGCACCUCACCUGGGACCCCAUCGGCGCCAACGAGCAGCCGAGCGUCGAGAACCUCCCCUCGCGUGACUAUGCAAGCUAUCUUGCUCACACGGUCAAGUACCACCUCGGGUCACUGUACGACAUUAUCGACCACGACUCGUUCCACCAGCAGAUGCGCGACUUCUAUCACAAUCCGCAGGAGGUGGCCAACGAGUCGCGCUACUGGUAUUCGCAAUUCCUCUUCAUGCUUGCGUUUGGCGAGGCGUUCAGUCCAACGGAGAGCUCGGAAGCAGGCACCUUACCCGGCAUGAGCUACGCCUCACGGGCACUGGCCCUGAUCCCAGCGCUCGUGCCCAUCGACAAGGCGUCCAUGCCUGCCGUCGAAGCGCUCUGCCUCGCCGCGCUGUACUUGCAGGCCGUCGACCUGCGACUCAUGGCGUUCCAGCUGAUCGGCCAAGCACUCCGCAUCUCGGUCAUUGAAGGCUGGCAUCGUCACGUUCCGCCCGAGGACGUCGGCUUGCGGCAUUCGCAGCGCUGCAACACCAUCUUCUGGACGGCGUACAUCAUGGACCGCGAGUUCGGCACGCUGGUCGGUGCGCCGAGCUCGAUCCGCGACGAAGAUAUUACGACCAAACUCCCCUCGAUGAUAGAAGACUCGCCAAGGGCAACGGCCCUGUCACUGCAGAUCAGGCUGUCGCGGCUGACAGCGUCCAUCCUGACCGGCGUCUACGGCGUGGACAGACACUUCAACGAGUCUCUGAUUCGCGACACGCAGUCUGUCCUACAGGACCUGGCGCACGUCUCGAGAGACCUGACCACCUACAUGGAGCAGGAGCUCAAGGGCACCGACGUCAGCACGUCCAAGAUCGCCACGAGACUCAUCCUCUCCUACCACCACUGCGUCGUCUUGACCACCAGGCCGCUGGUCAUCUCGGCCCUGAACAUUCUCAGGACGGUGGCCAACCUCGGCGACAGGAACCUGGUCGACUCGUUUCUGCCGUUCCAGCUCGAGUCCUCCUUCUCGUCCGCCUUCCUGCUCUACGUCCUCGACACGGUGUCGCCCGACUUUAUCCAGGACGAGACCUGGCUCAGCACCACGCAUCACAUCUUUGACAUUAUGAUCAGUCGCCGCAGCCCGGCGGCGGCCCUGCGGAAACGCGAAUUUGCGCGUCUCGAGGAGGUCAUGAGCGACUACAUACGGGGUCGCGACCCAGAGCACCACGAGAGGAUACAUGCGCACGAGUACGCCGAGAAUUCUGCACUGCAGCCGCACGGUCAACACCAGCAGCAGUCACAGGGGCAGCAGCAACAACCGCAUCAACAAUCCCAGACGUGGGAUCUACUGGGGAGCUACAAUAAUUUUGGCAUGUCACCGACGGAAAUGCUGAAUCUGGCCGACGAUCUCCAGGUGGAGGACUUUAUGAUGCCCGAGUAG